GACAACUCGACCGCUCGGCUAGUCGAGCGCGUCACGUCGCCGCGAGAGCCACGCGGGAUUCCCAGAUGUCUACGGUUCGUCACACCCGGCGACGCACACGCACGCAGCGGCCGCAGGCAGCCUGUCGGAAACUAGCGCAGCGAGCGCGUUCACCGAGGAGCGUCGCGCGGCCCGUCGGCCCCUACGCCCGUUCCCCGUGACGCCGCGGAAGCCCAGGCAUCGAAGAUGCGCAUCAUAUUCGUGAAAUUCCGCGAGAUAUCGCAGAGAUACCCGAUUGUUCGAGGCAUGGCGUCCUACUCGAUUAUAUGGCCGACCGCGAAUUUGUUGCAACAAAAGAUAAUGGGGAAGGAAGAGUUUAGUUACACCGAGGCCGUGCGUUUCUGUCUGUACGGAAGUCUUUACGUAGCGCCCACGCUGUACUGCUGGCUGAGAUGCGCGUCUUACUUCUGGCCGAAGGCGGAUUUGAAGUCUGCAAUCACUAAGGCUUUGGUCGAGCAAGUUACGUACAGCCCCGCAGCUAUGUGUUCCUUCUUCUUUGGCAUGAGCCUUCUUGAAUUAAAGCCAGUUUCGGAAUGCGUCGACGAGGUCAAAAUUAAGUUUUGGCCAACAUACAAGGUUGCCAUUUGCGUGUGGCCGAUUCUGCAAACCGUCAAUUUCUUUCUAAUCCCGGAACGUAAUCGCGUUGUGUAUGUCAGCGUAUGCAGUUUAGUCUGGACAUGUUUCCUCGCAUACAUGAAAUCGCUCGAGGCCAAGCGGAAGCAGAACGAGCUGGUGAACAUUAAUAAUGUUAAUCCCAAGAUGAUAAUGGAAAGUAAAGCGCAAACCAAUGAGAGAGCCAGUCAUAUGCAAAUUCCUCUACUACGAUGAUUGUUUUAGGAGAUUUAUAUGCUGUUAGAUUAAUUUGUACAUAGGACUUACAAUUGGAAGCUAUAUUUAUAUUUUAUACAAUAUGACGCGACUCACGUAUGUGUAAAUAUCUGUGAUAUUCACAGUACAAAAGUAUUACCUAUUUUUGCAGAAAUUUGCUAUGACAUUUAAUCAAUACAACUUAAUAAUAUUUAAAAAAAGAAUUGAAAGUACAUUUAAAUCCUUUUAAGUGAAAAUAUUACGAAUGACGGUAAUAUAUUUGGUUUACCCCAAUUGUUAAUAUAAUGAUAAUACUAGACAUAAAGAACAAUAAUAAAAUUUUUGACGAAAUUUAUCAGA